UGGAGAAUGGUCAAUACAAUUACAAUCCACCAAAAUGUGUCCUAGAGUGUCCUCCCGGAAAAUGUUGCAAAAGUGGAAAAUGGUAUUGGCCAAUUGGCGGAAGGGGAUACCAAUGCAAGGUUUUACCUAAUGGACCUGUCGAAAGUAAACAAUGUCCAUAUUGCCAAGUGUUUGAUGUGGAGAAAUGUGGUUGCGUUGACGUUGAAAUACAAUGUAAAGCGGUUCAAGCCCCAGAUAACGGUUACAUAGUAUACGCUGACAGGAAUUGUGAUGGCAGAACUAAGUUUGCUUGUAACGUGGGAUAUAAACUUGUUGGAUAUGCUGAGAUUAAGUGUUUGGAGAAUGGACAAUACAAUUACAAUCCACCAAAAUGUGUUCCUGAGUGUCCCCCCGGAAAAUGUUGCAAAAGUGGAAAAUGGUAUUGGCCAAUUGGCGGAAGAUACUAUAAAUGCAAAGUUCUACCUAAUGGAAAUGUUGAAAGUAAACAAUGCCCAUAUUGCAAAGUGUUUAACGUGGAGAAAUGUGACUGCAUUGACGCUGAGAUACAGUGCUCAUCGGUCCAAGCCCCUCAAAAUGGAUAUGUUUCUAACUCUGACAGAAAUUGUGGCGACAGAACUAAGUUUAAUUGUAACGGGGGAUAUAAACUUGUUGGAUAUGCUGAGAUUAAGUGUUUGGAGAAUGGCCAAUACAAUUACAAUCCGCCAAAAUGUGUUCC